AUGGCUCAGAUACAAUUCUUCGGAUCUCAGGUCGGGGGAGGGACUGUGAUCAACUACAGCUAUACGGAUAUGCCAUGGAAACUGGUGUUCUGGGACUUUUGGUAUUUCCUCAAGUACGCCCGAUAUUUGCCCUGGGUUGUAUGGCCUCUCUGGCCUUGCCAUGGUGGAAAGUUUGACGAGCUUUCAUUCACGUUCCCACAUAUGUGGUGUGUUUUUGUGCACAUCGUCCUCGUUGUCCUCCAAGUGGCUUUCAUCCUGGCGUUGCCAUCGGUGUUCAUCCUUCCUGGGUGGCUCUUCAUAUCCGGAUUGAUUACUUUUUUCGUCAUCAACCAGCUAAUAUGCCGAACUCUGAAUGGGAACACAAUACAAUACACAUCGGAGCCAAGAUACUCGCCUAACUGGGAGAAGUUUGAGAACGAACAGUGGAUUUUCUUAAACGGUGUCUCCGUCGGGGAAGCCUGGCUCAAGGGUAACCUUAAUCGCCUAGCACUUACCUUCGGGCGACCUGUUUUAGGCAUUCAUAAUCGCACAAGCGGAGUUAUCUUUGAUAUACUAGAAGCUAUAGUUCAACGUUGCUUCGGAUAUGCAACUACCGAUAUUCGUCUAGCGUAUAAGAUUCUAAAGGAUAAGUUGUAUAAUCCACAGUAUACAACAGUGGUAUUCAUCUUACACUCACAAGGUGGUAUCGAAGGAGGCCUUGUUAUAGACUGGCUUUUACAGGAGGUUCCACAGGAUCUUCUCGCUAAGCUUGAAGUUUACACCUUCGGUAAUGCGGCAAAUCACUUCAACAACCCCCAUCGACAUAAGAGUAGCCAGGAAGCGCAAGUAAAGAAUCCCCAUAUCUUAAACAGGGUGUUCAGGCAGAUUCCUUAUCUCCCAGGCGACAUGGACAAGACAGCAGCCAAAAAGAAUUUUAACAAUGCACAGCCUCAUACACUGACUUCCAACGACCAGGGUUCAGGGGAACUCGAACCUCAUGGUGCCGCCUUAGAUCGAGCUAUCGGACACAUAGAACACUACGCUCAUACUACAGACUUUGUUGCUCUUUGGGGUGUUCUGCAUUUCAUAACUAACACUCGAGCUUCAUCUGAGAUUCCUCGUUUUGUUGGUCGGCUCUUCGCUCACGAAUCUCUUGGGGGCCACUUGUUGAACCAACAUUACCUUAACGACAUGUUUCCAUUGGCUAAAAAUGCAUUUGGGGAGUUUAUAGGCUGUGCAGAAAGCAACGAAUUCAUGGAUAGCGUCAUUAACCCACCUAGACAGGGAGAGGGCGAUAAUCUCGUCCAAGCUAUCCGCGAAGGCCUCGGUCAUAGCUUCGCGGCGCUGGACCAAGUCGCCCAAGCUAAAUGCGAUGUUUCCGUACAAGGGAGAUUGGCCGCGGAAGUAAGUGCCCUGGAUGGACCAGUACGAGUUAGGGACCUCAGUCGUCUAUGGCACUAUAGGAAUGGUCGAACCCCUGGUAGCUUACGAACAAUUUAA